UCUCUGGGAGGGCGGCUGAGGCGGCGGCGGCCGGGGCGCCGGCUGAGGGGCCGCUGAGGCGGGAGCUGUGGUGGCGCUGGGCGCCCCUCGCCUCUCGGCCUCUGGGGACCAUGGGCUCUGAGAAAGACUCCGAGUCGCCGCGCUCUACAUCCCUACACGCGGCUGCGCCCGACCCCAAGUGCCGCAGCGGCGGCCGGCGCCGGCGCCUCACCUUCCACAGCGUCUUCUCCUCCUCGGCCCGCGGCCGCCGCGCCCGAGCCAAGCCGCAGGCCGAGCCGCCGCCCCCGGCCGCGCCGCCGCCGCCCGCCCCGGCCCAAGCCUCGCCGCCCGAGGCGCUGCCCGCUGAGCCGGCCGCCGAGGCCGAGGCGGAGGCCGCGGCGACAGUGGGGCCCGGGUUAGACGAUGAGGAGGCGGCGGAGGGCGGUGGCUCGGGCCCGGAGGAGGUGGAGUGCCCGUUGUGCCUGGUGCGGCUGCCGCCGGAGCGGGCCCCGCGCCUCCUCAGCUGUCCGCACCGCUCGUGCCGGGACUGCCUCCGCCACUACCUGCGCCUGGAGAUCAGCGAGAGCCGGGUCCCCAUCAGCUGCCCCGAGUGCAGCGAGCGACUCAACCCGCACGACAUCCGCCUGCUGCUCGCCGACCCGCCGCUCAUGCACAAGUACGAGGAGUUCAUGCUGCGCCGCUACCUGGCCUCGGACCCGGACUGCCGCUGGUGCCCAGCCCCGGACUGCGGGUAUGCGGUUAUUGCCUAUGGCUGUGCCAGCUGCCCAAAGCUGACCUGUGAGAGGGAAGGCUGCCAGACUGAGUUCUGUUACCACUGCAAGCAAAUAUGGCAUCCAAAUCAGACGUGCGAUAUGGCCCGUCAGCAGAGGGCACAGACGUUGCGAGUCCGCACCAAGCACACUUCAGGGCUCAGUUAUGGACAAGAAUCUGGACCAGCAGAUGACAUCAAGCCAUGCCCACGAUGCAGUGCUUACAUUAUCAAGAUGAAUGAUGGAAGCUGUAAUCAUAUGACCUGUGCAGUGUGUGGCUGUGAAUUCUGUUGGCUUUGUAUGAAAGAGAUCUCAGACUUGCAUUACCUCAGCCCCUCUGGCUGUACAUUCUGGGGCAAGAAGCCAUGGAGCCGUAAGAAGAAAAUUCUUUGGCAGCUGGGCACAUUGAUUGGUGCCCCAGUAGGGAUUUCCCUCAUUGCUGGCAUUGCCAUUCCUGCCAUGGUCAUCGGCAUUCCUGUUUAUGUUGGUAGGAAGAUUCAUAGCAGGUAUGAGGGAAGGAAAACCUCCAAACAUAAGAGGAAUUUGGCGAUCACAGGAGGAGUGACUUUGUCAGUCAUCGCAUCCCCUGUCAUUGCUGCGGUUAGCGUUGGUAUUGGCGUCCCUAUUAUGCUGGCUUAUGUCUAUGGGGUUGUGCCUAUUUCUCUCUGUCGAGGAGGUGGCUGUGGAGUUAGUACAGCCAAUGGAAAGGGAGUGAAAAUUGAGUUUGAUGAAGAUGAUGGUCCAAUCACAGUGGCAGAUGCCUGGCGAGCCCUCAAGAAUCCCAGCAUUGGGGAAAGUAGCAUUGAAGGUCUAACUAGCGUAUUGAGCACCAGUGGAAGCCCUACAGAUGGACUUAGUGUUAUGCAAGGUCCAUACAGCGAAACAGCCAGCUUUGCAGCCCUCUCAGGGGGCACACUGAGUGGUGGCAUUCUUUCCAGUGGCAAGGGAAAAUACAGCAGGUUAGAAGUCCAAGCCGAUGUCCAAAAGGAAAUUUUCCCCAAAGACACAGCCAGUCUUGGUGCAAUUAGUGACAACGCAAGCACUCGUGCUAUGGCCGGUUCCAUAAUCAGUUCCUACAACCCACAGGACAGAGAAUGCAACAAUAUGGAAAUCCAAGUGGACAUUGAAGCCAAACCAAGUCACUAUCAGCUAGUGAGUGGAAGCAGCACAGAGGACUCACUCCAUGUUCAUGCACAGAUGGCGGAGAAUGAAGAAGAAGAUGGUAGUGGUGGUGGUGGUGGUGGUGGUGCCGGCAGCAGUGGCAACGGUGAAGAGGACCCCCCCUGCAAACACCAAAGCUGUGAACAGAAAGACUGCCUGGCCAGCAAACCUUGGGACAUCAGCCUGGCCCAGCCUGAGAGCAUCCGCAGUGACCUUGAGAGCUCUGAUACACAGUCAGAUGACGUGCCAGACAUCACCUCAGAUGAGUGUGGCUCCCCUCGCUCCCAGGCCGCAGCCUGCCCCUCAACACCCAGAGCCCCAGGUGCACCAAGCCCAAGUGCCCAUAUGAACCUCUCUGCCCCAGCUGAGGGCAAGACUAUCUUGAGGCCAGAAGAUGCAGAAGCCAGAGUAUGAAGUGGAAUGAAUGCUCCUGUUCUGAGAAGCACACUUGUAACUGCAUCUUUUGGAAUCUUUUUGGGGGGCAGGGAUUUCUGUACUUUUAUUUCAGAGAUUCUCUGGUCACAGGUUUUCCCCAGGGAAAUUCUGAGAAAUUUGCAGUUUCUUACCAGAUGAAACAUGGAAAUUUUGCCCGUAGUUCCAUGCAUCCCCACAUCUCCGUUGCCCCCCUCCCCACUUUUUUAGUUUUAAUUUAUUGGUUAAACUUAUGGUGGCAAUCCGUGAGGUGUGUCAAAGAGUGUACAGAUGUAUGUGUGUAUAUUGUAUGUAUGCUAACAUAUUACUGAAGGACACAUUUUAAUAAAUAAAAAUUUCUGUCGUAA